AUGCAACAGAAAAAGAAGAAGGUAGAGGAAGAGAAGAGCACAGAAGAUAAACAGACAUGAGGAUGACGGAGGGUAACAGUCCUGUGGAUUUAGAAAUGACAAUGGACGACGUUCAGAACCUCGUUAAAAAGAAAGAUAAUAUCGAGGAGCAGAUACAAGCUUAUUACGACGUCCUAGAAGACCAAGGUGUCGGAAUUGAAGGUCCUCUGGUUGACGCGGAGGGUUUCCCCAGAGCUGACAUCAAUAUAUACCAGAUCAGGACAGCGAGACACAGUAUUUCAUGCUUACAGAAUGAUCACAAGGCCAUCAUGGUAGAGAUAGAAGAAGCCCUGCACAAGCUCCACGCCCGAGAGAAAGCUAAGCGGGAGCAAGAUGAGGCGGAGGCCGGGGUGGAGGCGAUGGAGCAGCAGGUCACUCUGCCUCCUCCAUUUGCACGGGUGGAUGCCGUCACGCAAGGCUCACCGGCCUGUGGAGCUGGGCUCAAAAUUGGUGAUGGAGUCAUUGAGUUUGGUUCAGUGAACACAGGGAACUUUCAGAACCUCCAGAAUAUUGCUGCUGUGGUUCAACACAGUGAAGGGAAACCAUUACGUGUCUUAGUCGUCAGGGAUGGAGAGAGAGUCCAGAUGAGCCUGACUCCACAGCGAUGGUCUGGCAGAGGUCUGCUCGGAUGCAAUAUUGUUCCAAUCCGUCGGUGAUCACCAAGUUCUGAGACAUUUACCAUCACCUCCCUUGCCCAUGGAUGGUUUUGUAAACUUAAUUUGUACAUAGCACAGACAUUUGCAUCUGUUUUUCAUCUUUAUCCAAACUUGAAAGUAUUCAAGUACAGCCUUCACAAUGGGAUGCAUCAUUCUGUGUGGGACUUUUUGAAUACUAGCUGAAUAAACAUCACAUCUCAAUUCUU